AUGGCGUGCGGCAGCAGGGGGGUGACCAUCCAGCUGGUGGAUGAUGAGGCUGGGGCUGGAGCUGGCGGUCCAAAGCUGUUCAGAGGCCAGAGAUUCGAGGCAAUCCGGGCAGCCUGCCUGGAGGCGGGGAUCCUGUUCCGGGACCCCUACUUUCCUGCUGGCCCAGAUGCCCUGGGCUAUGACCAGCUGGGUCCCGACUCAGAGAAAGCCAAAGGGGUGGAAUGGAAGAGGCCCCAUGAGUUCUGUGAGGAGCCCCAGUUCAUCUGUGAGGACAUGAGCCGGACAGACGUCUGUCAGGGGAGACUGGGUAACUGCUGGUUUCUUGCGGCCGCCGCCUCUCUCACUCUCUACCCCCGCCUCCUGUGCCGGGUGGUCCCCCCCGGACAGAGUUUCCAAGGUGGCUACGCAGGCGUCUUCCACUUUCAGCUCUGGCAAUUCGGCCACUGGGUGGACGUCGUGGUGGAUGACCGGCUCCCCGUGCAUGAGGGCAAGUUGAUGUUCGUGCGCUCGCAGCAGCGGCAUGAAUUCUGGGCCCCGCUCCUGGAAAAGGCCUAUGCCAAGCUGCACGGAUCCUACGAGGUGAUGCGGGGAGGCCACAUGAACGAGGCUUUUGUGGACUUCACCGGCGGUGUCGGCGAGGUGCUCUACCUGAGGAAAGACAGCCCGGGCCUCUUCUCUGCUCUGCGCCAUGCCCUGGCCAAGGAGUCCCUUGUGGGGGCCACGGCUCUGAGCAACCAGGGGGAGUACCGCACGGAUGAAGGGCUGGUGAAGGGACACGCGUACUCGGUCACAGGCACCCACAAGGUGUGGCUGGGCUUCACCAAGGUGCAGCUGCUGCGGCUGCGGAACCCGUGGGGCCGCGUGGAAUGGACUGGGGCCUGGAGCGACAGCUGCCCGCGCUGGGAUGCCAUCCCUGCUGAGUGGCGAGAAGCCCUGCUGGUGAGGAAGGAGGACGGCGAGUUCUGGAUGGAGCUGCAGGACUUCCUCCACCACUUCAACACCGUCCAGAUCUGCUCGCUGAGCCCGGAAGUGCUGGGUCCCAGCCCUGCAGGGGGCGGCUGGCACGUCCACACCUUCCAAGGCCGCUGGGUCCGAGGCUUCAACUCCGGUGGGAGCCAGCCUGGUGCUGAGACCUUCUGGACCAACCCUCAAUUCCGGCUGACCCUCCUGGAGCCUGAUGAAGAGGAGGAUGAUGAUGAUGAGCAGGGGCCAUGGGGGGGCUGGGGGGCAGCGGGGAUGCGGGGCCCAGCGAUGGGGGGGCGCCUUCCCAAGUGCACCAUCCUGCUGUCGCUCAUCCAGCGAAACCGGCGACGUCUGAGGGCCCAGGGCCUCACCUACCUCACCGUUGGCUUCCACGUGUUUCAGAUCCCCGAGGAGUUGCUGGGCCUCUGGGACACGCCGCACAGCCGCGCGCUCCUGCCAGGCCUGCUGCGCGCCGACCGCUCGCCCUUUAGCGCGCGCCGCGACGUGAGCCGCCGCUGCCGCCUGCCGCCGGGCCACUACCUGGUGGUGCCCAGCGCCGCCCGCGCCGACGACGAGGCCGACUUCACGCUGCGCAUCUUCUCGGAGCGCCGCCACGCGGCUGCGGAGAUUGACGACGUCAUCAGCGCCGAUGUCCAGGUCCUCGCGGUCCCCUGUGCGCCCCUGUCGCUAGGCUUGGAGCUGCUGUUCCGGGAGUUGGCCGGAGAGGAGGACGAGCUCGUGUCCCCCCAGCUCCAAGUCUUACUGAGCAUUGCCCUGGAGCCCGUCAGGGCCCACGGCCGGACCCCUGGAGAGAUUGGCCUCAGGACCUGUGAACAGCUGGUGCAGUGUUUUGGGCACGGGGGACGCCUGGCCCUGCCCUGCUUCCAGCAGCUCUGGGGUCGCCUCCUGGAAUGGCAGGCCACAUUUGACAAGUUUGAUGAGGACGCCUCGGGAACCAUGAACUCCUAUGAGCUGAGGCUGGCACUGAAAGCGGCAGGCUUCCAUCUGAACAACCAGCUGACCCAGGUCCUCACUAGCCGCUAUCGGGACAGCCGCCUACGUGUGGACUUAGAGCGCUUUGUGGCCUGCGCUGCCCGGCUCACCUGCAUUUUCCGCCACUGCAGCCGGCACCUGGACGGUGGGGAAGGAGUUGUCUGCCUGACUCACAAACAGUGGACGGAGGUGGCCACAUUCUCCUAGGGCCACAGGUGGAGAGCUGCUGCACUGUUGGAAGUGGGAGCUAUGGGGGCCCCGCGCUCCCCAGCCCCAAACUGUGUGUGUGUGUGCGUGUGUCUGACGUCAGCGCAGCCACCCCAUUCUGACUUUGCUUUCUUGCUACCUGGUCCCAGGGCUCAGGUCCCAGAGCGUGGCCCCGCUGGGCCUGCCACCCAACUACAUCCCUCUGCACCCUGCUCGCUCCUUCUUGGGUGCCACUGAGCCGGUCCUGCUGCUAUCAUCUCGCCCGCCCUGCCCUCCUGGGAAAUGGGGGCACAGAGGAGAAAGAGAGCACGCUUUAGGAGUCCGUCUUAAAAAUAUUACAUGUUUAUUCCUGCCCCAGAAGGUGGUUUAUCCAGAAACCAAGAGAAAAAAAUCAAUCAGAAUAAACUAACAAAACAAAACAAAAACAAGGAAAUAAACAAGGGCGCACAACCAUCAACUAAAAGGCAGCCAGGCCAGCGCUCCCCCUCCUCCUGGGAGUCCUGUCGGGCAAGGCGGGGGGGCAAACCGCUACUUUCAUUACAAGAAGC